AUGCCGGCGCAGGAUGGCUCGUUAGACCCGGAGUCCGAGGAGGAUGUGCCUCUCGAGCCGGAGGAGCUGCAGGAUGCUUUGACUCGACCUCCGCCGGUCAACAGUAGCUAUCUACCCCUUCCUUGGAAUGGACGCUUAGGAUAUGCUUGUUUGAAUACGUAUCUACGGUACUCCAAUCCUUCGGUAUUCUGCUCACGAACAUGCCGUAUCGCUUCGAUCCUCGAAAACCGCCAUCCGCUGCAAGACCCCUUGCAACCGCCUCAUCCAACCAAGAACCGCCCUGACCGGGAAAAGCCUCCAGAUGUCGCUCGUGGCCAGACCUACGUGGAGUCCAUAGGUGUCGCCAAUGCUCGCGAUCUCACCAAGAUACUCGAGUGGAACGAUAAAUAUGGCAUCAAGUUCAUGCGCCUGAGCAGUGAAAUGUUUCCUUUCGCCAGUCAUAAGGAAUAUGGGUACAAACUGGAACCAUUUGCUGCAGACGUCAUGGCCAAAGUAGGUCGACUCGUAGCCGACCUGGGCCACCGCGUCACGGUCCAUCCUGGUCAAUUCACCCAGCUGGGCUCUCCGAGAAAGGAGGUUACAGAGAAUUCAUUUCGCGAUUUGGAAUAUCAUUCCGAAAUGCUACAGCUUUUGAAGUUGCCGCCACAGCAGGAUCGUGAUGCAGUCAUGAUCCUCCAUAUGGGCGGUGUAUUUGGUGACAAGGAGGCGACUUUGGACCGGUUUCGAGUAAGCUACGCCAAUUUGUCGCAGGACAUCAAGAAUCGACUGGUUCUCGAGAAUGAUGACGUGAGCUGGUCGGUCCAUGAUCUGCUCCCUAUAUGUGAAGAGCUCAACAUCCCGCUUGUCCUGGAUUACCACCAUCACAAUAUUAUCUUCGACUCGGGCCAGCUUCGUGAAGGUACGCUGGAUAUCAUGGGUCUCUAUGAUCGCAUCAAGGCGACUUGGACGCGCAAGAACAUCACGCAAAAGAUGCAUUACUCGGAGCCCACUCCAGGUGCAAUUACAGGUCGCCAACGACGGAAGCACAGUCCUCGUGUUGCUACUCUUCCCCCUUGUGAUCCGACAAUGGACUUGAUGAUCGAAGCCAAGGAUAAGGAGCAGGCCGUUUUCGAAUUGAUGAGGACAUUCAAACUGCCAGGUCAUGAUCUGGUCAACAAUAUCAUCCCGUACAUCCGGACAGACGAGAACAAACAGUUCAAGCCGCCUCAAAGGUCUCCUAAGAAGAAUGGAUUUGUUAACCUGGAAGCUUUGGUUCCUCCAGAGCGAAUCUUUCCUGAAGAAGAAGUAGGCAUGGGUGGCCCUGAGCGAAGAGUAUAUUGGCCUCCUGGGAUGGAAGAGUGGCUUCGACCAAAGAAGGUUAUUCGAACCAAGGCAGCCCAGACUGGGACCAAGAGAAAGAACAACAAGAAAGCGGCCGAGACUACGACACAUGAAGACGGUGAGGCCGAAAAUGGUGCGGCUGAGACUGCUGCGCCUGAGGCUGGUGCGCCGGAAACGCCAAUCCGCAAGACCACGGCACGGGUCAAGCGUACGGCUAGUGCGAAGAAAACAACUACGACCAGGAAGCGCAAGGCUUCGGAGACGCCUGUUUCGACGCCACCGGAGUCGAACGACGAGGCUGCGGAACCAGUUGAAUCACCCGCACCUACUGCGUCACGAAGAGACCGUCGAAGUGGACGGGCAAAGAAGGUCAACUAUGCGGAGGAAAGUGAGGCAGGUUGA